AUGGCAGAAACCAAAUUUCUUAUUUUCGGCAACAGCUGGGUUUCUGGCCUGGUUCAAGAAUCUCUUCAGGAGAAUGGUGAUAACUACAUCGUCUCUAGCAUCCGCAUUGAAGACCGGGAAGCUGUUCUAAGGGAAAUUGACAGUAUUGAACCAACCCACAUUAUCAACACCGCUGGUGCUCGCGGCUCUCCGAACUACUGGGGAUCGUUCUAUUCUCAGUUGAAACUGAUCUGUGAGAACGUGCUCAAGACGUACUCUAAUAUCCUUAUUCUUCGGAUUCGGAACCCUCUUGCUGCAGACCUGCAUCCCAAGAACUUUGUCGCCAAGCUUCUGGGCUACAGGAAAAUUGUCAACAUUCCCAACAUAAGUCAUCACGUCCCCGGGGUCAUCCUCCUUGCCAAACACAAGGAAACCGGAAUCUAUAACUUUGUGAGAAUCCAUCCUCUCGGAUACAAAUUGCAUGAAUCUUACAAUCUCAUACAGACCAAUCCCGGGACCUUUACCCACAAUGAGGUGAUGGGCUUGAUGAAGGAGUAUAUCCGGUCUUCUUUGACUUGGAUCAAUAUUUCGCUCGAGGAACAGCGUGCAGUCUUGGAGGCUUCUCGGUGUAAUGCAAAGCUGGAUGCCACGAAGUUGAUCAACAGACUCGGAGAGUAUGGAUACACUGUGCUAAAUUCUCAUGAUGCUCUUGUGGAGGCUUUUGUUGAGAUGAAGACGAAGAGAUUGCAGUAG